AUGCCCCCCUUCCGUGUGAGGCCACCUGCGAGUUGCGCUGGCGAUCGCCGGCUCUCGUGGCGCAAAGACUGCGGCGUCGCGGGGCGCCCGGCCGCGCCGUGGGCCGGCCCCCUCGAGGGGCCCGUGGCCGGCCGCCGGGACGACGAGCCGGUGCCCCAGAUCGCCGUGGAGUCCGGCCUCGCGGAGGCGCUGAGCAAGCUGCUGCAGGUCCUCCGCGAGGCGUCCAGCCGGGAAACGAGCAUCGACGAGGUGACCUGGAGCAGGAGGUUCGUGCUCAGGAAGCCCACCGUGGAGACUAUCGACAUGCACCAGGCUCCAGCUCGUCGACCUGAGCAGGGCGAUGCCCGCUUCCAGCUUCUCCUGCCGCUCACCGACCUCGAGCAGGUCAAGGUGGCUGCCGAACAACGACAGCAUGAAGAUGACCUUCGCAAGAAGAGGGACGAAGAGGAGAAGCGGCGGCGGAAGGCCGAGGCCGAGAGGGCGAAGGCCGAGGCGAAGCGGAAGCAGCGGGCCGAGGCCGCGGCGGCGGAGGCGGCCGCGAGGCUGCAGAUGCAGAAGGGCAAGAAAGGCAGCAAGGGCGCCACCAAGGGCGGCGCCAAGGGGCCGCAG